AUGGAAGAUUUCGAAAUGUUUGGAGAAUCACAAAUGUUGGAGCAAAACACUGAUAUUAAUUUUAUGUCGGAAUCUUCACGAGAGCAGAACACGCAGAACAGUGAUAAUCAUUUUAUUUCAGAAACUUCUCGUGGUAAAGCGUUCACAAUUAUAGAAGAUGAAACUUUAUGUAGAUCUUGGUUAGCAGUCUCUCAAGAUCCCAUUACUGGUAAUAGUCAGACUAUGGCUAUAUUUUGGGAAGGAGCCAUUAAUAAAUUCUAUGAUUUUCUUGAACAAAUUCAACUGAGGCAACAAAGUGGAACAACUGAGGCAAAUAUGGUCACUGAAGCGAAGUGGAUGUAUCAUGUAAUACAGAAAAAACACUUCACAUUUGAUACAUGCUGGGAUAUUUUGCGCCGAAGUUGUAAAUGGGAUGAAUUUCGAUCAAAAAGAACCACGCAACAUGCUGAUCCAUGUUUCAAUCUGCCAACUGAAUUUGACGCUUCUCAAUCCAACCAGAAUAAUGCGGUGCACGAACAACCAUCUAACACAUCAACACGACCAAUUAGUACUAAGGCAGCGAAAAAGAAGCUGAAGAAUCAAACAACGCAUGAUAGUAGAUUUGAUGAAAUGGCUGCCAACCAAUCUAAAAUUGUUGAAGUGUUAUCAAGUAUCUCCGCUAGAACUAUUGAGCGAGACCGUGAGCAGAAGGCUGCAAAGCGUCGAAGAAGGGUCGAAGAUAAGGAGGAACAACUAAAACUCCUAUCCAUGAUGAAUGAAAGAGAACAACGAAAUGAAGAUCAUAAAAUAAUGUCAAUGGACAUGACAAUUUUAAAUCCUAUGCAAAGGGCGUACUACGAAGAUCUUCAACGACAGAUUUUAUUUCGAUCAACUAGUAGAUUGCCUUGA